UGUAAUCAAUCCUCUGAUCAGCCCGUGAACGUGUGUCCUGGCUGUCUACGCUGUCCUGCGUGUUCGCUCCCUCUGCGCGUGGACCGUAGGGGUUUGCCCGUAGGUGUGUUUUCUUUCUUCAUUAAAAGUGCGAGAAGAGGUGAAGGAAAGAGCAGGGGCAUGGGGGAAAGAUUUGUGGUGGUCCCGGUUGACGGAAGAGUCGGGGUCGCCGGGGAAGGGGAGCACUCGGACGCGGUUGUAGCUGACCCGGCUCCGGACCCCGGUGGCAGCAGCAGCAGCAGCGCUGGCACGGUGGAGGGAAAAGAGGCUGGGGAGGACUCUGUGUUCGAGCUUCAGGACCCCAACGCUGUAGUGCCAAUCCUGGAGUACAACAGAGAGCCAAACAAAUACGGUGAUGGCGUCCCAAAGGAAAACAGUCCCUUUAUCAACAACACAGACAAUGACAAAGGCAACAGCUAUGAUGGCACCAACAUGGCCCUUUUCGAGGAGGAGAUGGACAGCAACCCCAUGGUGUCAUCUCUCCUCAACAAACUGGCAAACUACACCAACCUCACCCAAGGGGCCCAGGAACACGAGGAGGCUGACGAUGACGAGGGGCCAAAGAAGAAAGCUGUUAAGAGCCCUCAGAUGGGGACCUUCAUGGGUGUCUACCUCCCCUGCCUCCAGAAUAUUUUGGGGGUCAUCCUGUUUCUGCGACUUACCUGGAUCGUCGGCACCGCUGGCAUCCUGGAAUCCCUGGCUAUUGUCGUCUUGUGCUGCUCCUGCACCAUGCUGACAGCUAUUUCCAUGAGUGCUAUUGCAACUAAUGGUGUUGUGCCAGCCGGAGGCUCGUACUACAUGAUCUCCAGAUCUCUGGGCCCUGAGUUUGGUGGAGCUGUAGGUCUCUGCUUCUACUUGGGCACAACCUUUGCAGGCUCCAUGUACAUCCUGGGUACAAUAGAGAUUCUCCUGACUUACAUCGUGCCUAAAGCAGCCAUCUUUGUGGCAACGAAAAAGGAGGAUGAGGUGGAUGCCCUGCUUAAUAACAUGCGUGUUUAUGGCACAUGUUGCCUAGUACUGAUGUCCUUAGUAGUUUUUGUAGGAGUGAAAUAUGUCAACAAGCUCGCUCUAGUCUUCCUGGCCUGUGUCAUUCUGUCCAUCCUCGCCAUCUACGCUGGAGUCAUCAAGACCAUCUUUGAGCCACCAGACUUUCCUGUUUGCAUGUUGGGAAAUCGCACUCUGCAGAAUCACAACUUCGACAGUUGUCUGAAGACAGAGAUCAUAGACAAUGUGACGGUCACGACCAAGCUGUGGGAGUUGUUCUGUAACGGACCCGACCUCAACGCCACCUGCAACGACUACUUCACCAACAACAAUGUCACCUUGAUACAGGGCAUACCCGGACUGAAGAGCGGAGUCAUUACAGAUAACAUGUGGUCAGAUUACGGCCCUCUGGGUAUGAAGGUAGAGACUAAGGACUUGGAAUCUAUUUCAGGAGGUGACACCUCCCGGGACAUCUACAUGCCGUAUGUAGUCAAUGACAUCACUUCCUUCUUCACACUGCUGGUCGGCAUUUACUUUCCAUCUGUCACUGGUAUCAUGGCGGGUUCAAACCGGUCAGGAGACUUGCGGGAUGCCCAGAAGUCCAUCCCCAUUGGGACCAUCCUGGCUAUCGCUACCACCUCCUUCAUCUACGUCACCUGUGUCGUGCUCUUCGGUGCCUCCAUUGAGGGAGUUCUGCUUCGAGACAAAUUUGGCGACUCUGUGAAAGGGAACCUCGUCAUUGGCACCUUAUCAUGGCCCUCGCCCUGGGUUAUUGUGAUUGGCUCCUUCUUCUCCUGCUGCGGGGCGGGGCUACAGAGUCUGACGGGCGCCCCUCGGCUCCUGCAGGCCAUAGCACGAGAUGGCAUCGUACCUUUCUUACAGGUGUUCGGUCAUGGGAAAGCCAACGGAGAGCCGACCUGGGCUCUGCUGCUGACUGGUGGGAUCUGUGAGAUCGGCAUCCUCAUCGCCUCCCUGGAUGCUGUGGCACCAAUUCUCUCCAUGUUCUUCCUCAUGUGUUACUUGUUUGUCAACCUGGCCUGUGCAGUUCAGACGCUGCUGCGGACGCCAAACUGGAGACCACGCUUCAAAUACUAUCACUGGGCUUUAUCCUUUUUGGGAAUGAGCUUGUGUCUUGCUCUCAUGUUCAUCUCCUCUUGGUAUUACGCUAUUGUGGCCAUGGUUAUCGCAGGCUGCAUCUACAAAUACAUCGAGUACAGAGGGGCAGAGAAGGAGUGGGGAGAUGGCAUCCGAGGCCUGUCUCUAAAUGCAGCACGCUACGCCCUGAUUCGUCUAGAGGAGGCUCCACCACACACAAAGAACUGGAGGCCUCAGUUGUUGGUCCUCCUGAAUGUGGACUCUGAUCAAGGGGUCAAACACCCUCGUCUGCUGUCUUUCACCACUCAGCUAAAAGCAGGAAAAGGCCUGACGAUAGUGGGAAAUGUCCUCGAGGGAACCUAUCUCACCAAAGACGCAGAAGCCAAGAAGGCUGAGCAGAACAUCAAGUCGGCCAUGUCAGCAGAGCGAACCAAAGGUUUCUGCCACGUGGUGGUGUCUUCAAAUCUCAGAGACGGCUUCUCCCACCUCAUCCAGUCUGCAGGGCUGGGAGGCAUGAAGCACAACUCAGUCCUGAUGGCCUGGCCUGGGACUUGGAGGCAAUCCAAUGACCCUCAGUCAUGGAAGAAUUUCAUAGAGACCGUGCGGGAGACCACAGCCGCCCAUCAGGCCUUGCUUGUGGCGAAGAACGUGGACAGUUUCCCCACCAACCAGGACCGCCUCGGUGAGGGAACCAUUGACGUGUGGUGGGUGGUUCACGAUGGAGGCCUGCUGAUGCUGCUGCCCUUCCUUCUGCGACAGCACAAGGUUUGGAGGAAGUGCAAGAUGCGUAUCUUCACCGUGGCCCAGAUGGAUGACAACAGCAUCCAGAUGAAGAAAGACCUCCAGAUGUUCCUCUACCACCUGCGGCUGGAUGCAGAAGUGGAAGUAGUGGAGAUGCACGAUAAUGACAUCUCAGCCUUCACCUAUGAGAAGACGCUGGUGAUGGAGCAGAGGUCUCAGAUGCUGAAACAGAUGCAGCUCUCCAGGACUGAAAGAGAGAGAGAGAUUCAGAGUAUCACUGAUGAGUCGCGUAGCUCGAUCCGGAGGAAGAACCAGGAAGCUGCCGAGGGCACCAACCUCAGCCGGCAGCCCUCACAGUUGGGGGACACUCAGGAGGACGAGGCCCAGCUCAUCCAUGACAGAAACACAGCCUCUCAUGCCAUCAAUGACAAAGCUGAAACGGGGCCCGAUCGGGUUCACAUGACCUGGACCAAGGAAAAGCUCUUCAUGGAGCGUAAUCGUAAUCGCGAGUGCAAUGCCAACGUGGCUGCACGCGACUUAUUUAACAUGAAACCAGAGUGGGAGAGUCUGAACCAGUCUAACGUUCGUCGGAUGCACACAGCUAUCAAACUGAACGAGGUGGUGGUGAACAAGUCGCAGGGAGCUCACCUGGUUCUGCUCAACAUGCCAGGACCGCCCAAGAACAGAGGAGGAGAUGAGAACUACAUGGAGUUCCUGGAGGUUCUCCUCGAAGGUCUCAAUCGGGUCCUCCUGGUGCGAGGCGGUGGACGUGAAGUCAUCACCAUCUAUUCUUAAACAAACAAACAAACAAACAAAUUCUCACGCCCCACCCUGCACUCAUGGACUGUUGCCAUGGAUCCUGGUCACCGGGCAUUUUUUCUUGAAGAAGCCUGUUUUUGGGGUUUUUAUGACGGGCGGGGAUUGUUGGAAGGCGGGACCACAUGCGAUUGACAGAUGGUCUUAAGGACCUCAGGAUGAAGGGAACGGUUAGCAUUGAACGAGUUGACAGGCUGAGGGUACGAGCACAGUGUGUGUCCACGCUGGGCCACCGUACCCCCUGCACGUGGAAGAUAGAGCAUAGAGACACUUUAUAUUGUUCAUUUACAAAUGUUCUGUUCUGUUACAUUUCAUAUUCUUUCCCUCUUGUGUCGAUGUUGUCACGUUACUGACGCUCACUGUGUAAUGAUCAGCAAAGAAGUGAACUUGUGCUGUUGAUUUGAACCUCGUAGUCAUAUCAUGUUAUCUGAUGUUUUCACACAGAUUUGGGGAUCUCUGGUUUGGAUCACCAUUUAUACUUUAAGCUUUCAUUUACAAAUAACUUCUUAGAAACUGGUUUCAGUCCAAACUACAGAAAAGGCCAACAGUUUGUUAAGCAGCAGCUAAUUCAUCCUGGUUAGUUUGUAGGGUCUGUGUGCAGCUGAAAGGCCUCCAUAAAGCAGCAUUUUGUCGUUCUAACGUUCUGUCGUUGUUCGCCUUUUCAGUGAUUUAGUGAAGGACCACUCGGGUUGAUGCUGAAGGUGCACCACAUGUUGGAAAACCUUCCUCUUUGUUUGCGGGAACAUUUCAGAUAUCGGGUACUGAUACUUACUGAUUAUUGUCGGUCUUCAUUUCUCAUGUCAGAGAACUCUGAUGUUUUCAUAGGAAAAAUAGCCAUAGCUAAUAUUCUAGGACUCUUUAUAAGCUCUGCAGAAAGACAUCUUAAAUGCACAUGUAUACAUAUUAAUGGUGUGUGAAGUAGUGCUCAGUUGGGAAUAGAUUUCUUGAACCCAAGCGCUGUGUGACAGCGUGCGGCAGGUUGAUCAGGACAUGGAUUGACUUAUCGCACAUUAAAUCUUUGCCUUCAGAAUUGUUGGCAUCUAACAGAGUAAACUUUGUGAAGCACAAACUGACUCAUAUGUUAGAGUACAUCUCAUAUGAACGUAGUUACAGCACUGUCGACUUUGCACUACCGAUCUCUCAGCACUUAAUUUGUUGCUCGCCUACAGUGACACUACCCACAGGUCAAUCCACUACUUUCUUCUUCACAAGCGGAGUCAGAUACUGAUUAAUGAGCUCAUUAAAAAGGUGCAGACAGGAAGUCAUUUCUAAAUAUUGAACACUCAUGUUUCAGUGUUGCUUUUAUAUUAUUUUAGCAGGCAGGAUCUUUAGACUUUGAGUCCCAGACUGAGUAAAUGUAAUGAGCAUAUGUAGGCGAAAAAGUGCCAAAAUCAAAGAAACUGUGGAAGUAUUGCUAAUGCGUCUUAAAGCAUGGUCAUACAGUCCCUUCUGCUUUUAAGAGCGAUAAUCUUUAAUCCGUUUAAAUCCAAACAAAAGCACAUGAUUGUUUUAGUUUUUUUAAUCUUGGAGCUCCUCCACAUGGUUGGGAUCAUUUUCAUUUUUGGAUAUGAAUAUCUAAAUGAAACCAGUGCAAUUUCAAGGGCAUUUCAAAGCAUCUAACACAGGCUAUAUGCUGCAAACAGAAUGACUCUGUAAGGGGAAAGAAGGACACGCCCCUUUUUUCUUGUGUACCUCCACAGUUUCUUUUCAGAUUAGCUGUGCAGUAUUUUAUAUAGCAGAAAGUCUGAUUCUCCUGCACUUCUUUGCAGGAGAAUGAGACCUUCUGAUCAUCAGUUAUGCAACAUCUGUUUUUUGUUGUGUAUUGUUCAGUUGUUGAUGUAUGCCUAUGUUACUAUGUAGUUAUGGUCUGUGUAGUGUUUGUUACAUUGUAAUUGAUCUUCUGUUACUUUUAAGUGUUAAUUCUCAGUGUGAUUUGUGUGGAAGGAGGCAGAGAGAGGCGGUAUGUGAGACGCAACAGCACCUGUCCAGUUUUGUGUUUUUGUACCAACACAUCAGAAACAGCAUGUACAACACACAGGACUGAAACCCCCUCAGGAGACCGUGCUACCCUGGACGGAGAGCGUAAGACUAGACUGACGGAGCCGGGGUACUAAGAAAAGAAAUGGUUUAAAUAACUCUGUCAAUAUAUGAAGUUCAAACUAUUUCAGUUAUUAAGUUUUAUAUUGUAGCCACCAAAGAGAAAGCAGAAUUCUGUAUAAAUAAAGAAAGACAUUUAAAUGGCCUAGUUUUACAGAGUUUGAAACAUUGAAAAUUUUAAAGAUAAAAUAUUAAAGAGCUUUUUUUUGAUUGUUUUAAUUUGGUUACUGAGCUAAAUAGCAGUAGCUGGAAAACAUUGAUUACAUGAAACUCAAAAGACAAGAUGCUGAAUAAAAAGACAUGUUUCUGGAGGUAAGGAGUCAGCAAUGUGUGUUUAACAUCUCUAAUGUUGGAGUGACUGGAGAAAGUUAUCUACCUCAAGGAGUCACUGAGGCUCAGCUGAAGAAAUAAAAGCUUGUUCAAUCACA